AUGGUUCCUUCGUCGAUAUCAUUGGCAGUUAAUUUAUUGAAUGAUGAGCACGAUCAAAUAAGAAAUGAGGCGAUAUUACUUCUUAUGGCAUUGGUCAAGGACAAUAAUAACAUACAGAAGAUUGUGGCAUUUGAAAACACUUUCGAAAUUCUUUUCAACGUGAUUAAAGAAGAAGGAGGAGUUCGAGGCUCUAUUAUUGUACAAGAUUGCCUUACUUUAUUAUUUAACCUUCUUGCCUACAAUGCUUCGAAUCAAAAGUACUUUUUAGAGACUGGAUGCAUACCAGUCUUAGUGGAGCUUUUGUCGGAUCCAUUUUCGCAAGAGUUUGAUAUAACGCUGCAACUAGAAACCAUAACAUGGCACGAUCAAAGGGUAAGCAACAUGAAGAUGAUUUUGGAGAUUUGUCGUACAUUUGUCGAAAAAGAAAGUCACGACUUCACAUAUAAGCAAAACUUACUUUUUGAACAUGGGGUCUUCAUUGCAGUAUUAAAAAUUGCAUUCACGUUCGAGAUAAAUGUUGCUCUUCGUUCCUUGGCAUUAAGGAUCACAGGUGAUCUCAUGGCUGGAAACCACAAGGUGCAAUUUGAAUUUUCCAAGUUUGAUGUUCCAAGCUUUGAUCCAUCGCUUCCGAUUGGAAAUCCAGUGAACUGUCUCGCCGCGCCACAGGCUUUGUUAAAUUGGGCACUUCAUUUGAACUCUGUUCAUUACUUCAGUAUUCGUUUAUUUGCCUCUUACUGUUUUCAAUGCUUCGUUGAAAGAAACAAGGAUGCUAAACUUGGUUUUCUCGAAGAUCAGAUUAGAAGUUUCGAAAGUGGAUCACUUCAUCAAGAUGAUUCUGGCGAGCGAAAGAGCAACAUUGAAAUUGACAAACAAUCCAACAUAAUAUCAAUUUUACUGCACUAUGAUGAUGGAAUCAAACUUAAUUCUUACAAACCGUGGUUUGCUGCAUUUUUUAUGAUGUGUCUUAUUGAAGAUUGCGAAGAAGCGAAGCGUAUUGCAAGAGCUGUUACUGUUGGAAAUGAGAAAGAUGGAGAGGAGGUGAUGUGCUUCAUUCAGGCGAUAGCACAGAUUUUGGUCACGACUCUUCACUUGAACGACUCUAGAAUUCCCGUUGCAUACACCUCGCUACUUUCAUUCUGGCUAUACGAAGAUUUCGAAUCCGUUGAUGACUUCUUGCGAGAUAUUGAUUCAGUGAAAGCUAUCAUGUCGGCCGUUAUGAGUAGUGGAUCUAAUGCAACCGAUCUAGCAGAUUGUACAUGCUUUAUCCUUAUCGGCAUAGCAUUUGAAUUCUCCAGGAAUUCGUCGCCUUGCCCUCGGUUAGAAUUACACAAUAUUAUCGUGAAGACAAUAGGUGCCGAUAACUACGCUUUGAAGGUGAAGAAGAUGUUUCAUAAAUAUUUGGAAGGCACAAUUAACGAUUUGUUCACCCAAGAAAUUACUAAAGAUGAGACAGGUCUCCCCAAAGUCUUCCUCAUACCACAAUACUUGCAUCUUCUUCAAGAUAACGCAUAUCGAAUAAGACUGGCUUUACUUCAUGACCCUCAAAGGGACCCGAUUCUCAAGGUUACUUAUGAGAUGUUCGAGGAUCUAAGGGAAGAGCACGAAAGCUUGAAAGCUUCAGCUGAUGCACGUGUGACCGAGCUUGAGGACAAAUUGAAGGAUUCACGACAAUCUGUGAUUGACUUGAAAGCAACUUUAGCAAAUGCUGAACGAAAGCUGACAAGCGUGGAAAGCGAAGUUCAGAUGCUCCGCAAGUCUAACGAAGAGAUAAAGACUAAAAAUGAAGACCUUUCUUCAAGAAUAAAAAUGGCAGAAGAGUUGCAAAGCAAACUGAGUUAUGAUUUGACCAAAUGCAAGGGCCAUCUAGAACAUACGAAUAAAGAGAAAGCCGUGCUUCUCAGAGAUUUCAAAGAACUAGAAACUCGCUUCAAGGAGGCUAGUGAUGGGAAACAACUUGCAGAGAAUGGUAUAAACAAGAUGAACAAGGAGCUCAGGAGUCUCACAGAGAGUCUUAAAACAACUGAAGCUGAGCUUGAAGCUGUAACUAGAGCUUCGCAGCGUGCCUCCAAACAAUCGCAAAAUAAAAUACAACAGCUCACUAAUGAAGUCAAAAGGUUCCAAGACAACAAGUUGGGGAAUGAAAGUAAAUCUUGCAAUAACGCAGAUGAGCUACAGCGAGCGCAACAGAACAUACAUCACUUGCAAAUGAAGCUCAAUGACUCUAUAACUGAGAAGGAUCAAAAAGCAUAUGAGGCGAAAACUUUGAUGGAAAAGCUCAAAUCAGCAGCUCUUAUAGUCAACAACUUAAAAAAACUGUUGUCUGAUAAGGAGUCAGAACUAGCUGAGAUAAGGACACGAUGGGGCGUGGAAUCACUUCAAAGGUCUGAAUACGAUGACGUUGUACCAGUAGCGGCCAACAUCGAUUCGAAAGCGAGGGGCUCCCUCGAAGUAUCGACAAUGCAAGGACGCUCUAUUGAGAGCUCACAAAGAUCCUGCUCUGUAAGUCAUGAUCUUAAAACGACUAUCGAUCGUUUGAGGCUACAAAAUGAGGAGCUAAAGGUCUCCAUGGCACUUGAAAAGGAUCGUUUGAGAACUCUUCAAGGCGAUUUCGAUGAAUUGAUGCUUCUUUGGGAGAAUCUGAUGGCUAAGAUAUCAUUUUACAAGAAGCGGCUCAUAGAGCUACAUGAAAACGUUUCCGGUGACGAAGAUGAAGCAAACUGGUCUAUAAUAGGUCUUCCCAUUACCGGUGAAAGCGAGGUAGUAUCGCAUUCUCUCAACAGACCUAAUAUCGUUAGAGUGGGCAAGCAUAACGAGAAGGAACAUCUUGAGCUUGACGUGUCUUCAGUAUGGGAAUUCCUUCAAGACAGAAUGAGGAGGCGUUUUGUGGACAGAGAGAAGGCUGAGCAAAGUAUAUCGCAUCUACCGAUAAGGUCAAGUCCCUUUUUCGGAGGGUAUAUGGGCCUCAUUUCCUAUGAGGAGGGUAAGCAUGUUAUUCUUGACAAUGCUAGGAGCCUUUGCCACCAGGAUGUGCCCGAUUUGAAACUUUUAUUCAUCGAGAGAUUCCUUAUAUUUGAUCACACAACUCAACAUUGGGCCUUGCUUUCCAUCAGAAUGGAUGACAAACUCUGGAUGACAAACUUUUCGGAAAAGCUUGUUAAAUCGCAUAUACCAAAUCUUCGUAAAAGCGACGUACCCGAGAGUGUCAAAGAACUCUGUGAAGACGGUCUCAUUAAGUUCGAUUUUCCAGACAGAGAAGCAUAUAGGGAGCAGUUCGAGGCCUGUCAGAAACACUUACAUUCGGGAGACUCUUACGAGCUCUGUUUGACGACCCAGCUGAAAAUUAAGCUCCCCAGCAAUGGAUCUCAUUUGGGUGGUCAUACAAACACUUCUUAUGACUUCCAGGAAACCUAUGAGGGAUUGGGUGAAGUUGAUGACGAUGAUGCCUUGAACAGCGAAACAUUUGGUGUUUCCGAUGUUGGCAAAGAUUUUGAUUUCGGGCACUCAGCCGUAUCACAUUCGUCAUCUCAGACCAUCAAUCCUAAUGUUUCAUAUGCGCGAGCUGCUGCAAACGAUGAGGAUUUCAUGAAAGAUUUGUGGGGGAUGCCUGCUCACAACAAGCGGGAUGAAUCGAAACCUAUUGAACAGGAGAAAAAGUUCCUUAGCUUGGAGGAGAUUGAAGCGCUGUUGUCUCAAAGCAAUUUAUCACAAAGACAAAGUGAGAAUUUUGUUCCUCCACAGCAGCAGUAUUACCCUGGUGGAUUUCCACAAAAUCAAUUUGGUGGCUUCAUGGUCCCACAAGUACCUCCACCGCCCCAAUUUGUUACCAUGCAACAUCCGAACGGGUACAUGAUGAAUCAAGGACAAGGCUUCCCUGCCGUUCCUAUCCCAACCGACGCCAAACACUCGAUUGGCAUUCCUCAAGCGGAAAAUUUCACUCAACCAAGGGAGAAUGUUCCUCAACACACUUUGGGGGAUGUGAACGUGAAACCAAACUUGAGAAAUGAGUCAGGAACAAAUCAAUCAGUUACAUCUAGAGAUGCCGAAAAUUUGGGUGAGUUCCCUAUUUUAGGAGCACCAAAUGCCUCAAUUAAGCGCCUACAAUCUCAAAGAGCGGCGUCACAGAGUCAUGAUGCAAAGACAGAGGAGAUCCGCCCUGAGGAGCUGACAUCUAUUAAUGAAGAGCAACAUGCACUCAUGUUGAAACGUCAGGAGAAGGUGGCGCGUAUCAUGCGCUACUCAGGUGUGAUGAACCCAAAAGACAAAGACUUUGUUACAAGAUUUCAGCUCUCCCAGAUUGUUACGGAUGACCCCUACAACGAGGAUUUUUACGCUCAAGUGUACCGCGUCAUCCAUCCGAAGUCCACCCCAGGUGCUUUGGCACCUUCUCAUGGGCAACAAGAACCCAAUUCUAUCGCGCAAGCCUAUCUCGACCAAAGUGGACAUAGACUUGGUGGUAGAUUCAAACGUGCGGAUGUUGCAUUACAAAGAAUGCAGCAACAAGUUCAAAAGGCUGUUAGUGUAGCAAAGGAGCGUCAAAGUUUGCCUCACAAUGAAAGAGAGGGUGUUUUGGGGAAAAUAUCUGUUGGUUCAGGAAAGAAACCCAGGCAGCAAUUAACCAUCUUAAGCAAAGCGGCUCAACGAGCAAAGGAUGUUUCGAGCAGUGCCUCCGAUGAUCAACCCAUCGCUCCAAGCCAACGGGUUAAGAAGUACACGAGGAAGGACAUUUUGGCUAUCUUGGAGGAUAUUAUUAACAACCUCAUGGCUGUCGAGAGUGACUCGCGCACUAAUGCACAUGUGGAUACAUCAUCGCUAUGGAACUCAUUGCACGUUUUGGAUAGCUCUUCCUCUUCUGGAGAUGAUGAGCUGUUUGUGAAUCCCUUCAUACAAUGUUUGAACCAUGAGAAGGCUUUAAAAAUUCUUCCACGUUUAUUCAAGUUCUUAUCUAGGCAACAGACACUCACAAUUGUGACCUUGGUCAUGUCAAAUCUCGAGAACUUGAAUGUUAUCAAGGAGGGAUCGUACACAAUCUAUCCAAACAAAGUCAUUCCAUCAAAAGUCUUAAGGCUCGUUGAAAUUUAUUCGCUAACCUUUUGCAAAAUUUUGAUGAAUUCUGUUCAAGAAUUUAAGUUUCAUGAAAUCAUAGGGCUUCUUGUCAUUUUAAUCCAGCAUAACGUUGUGUCGUUUGUAUCAACAACGAAGAUUGGUUUGUCUAUUAUUACAAGUUUGCUCUCACGAGCAGAACUUAUCAGAGGGGAGGGAACAAUAUCUGCUACAGAUUUGUCUGAAUGGACAUCCUGUUACGACGAGUUGUUCACUGCUCUAGAGUCAAGAUUGGCUGCGAUAUUCCCACCUUCCAAUAACGAUUCUCAGAACGACUACGUUUGGCAGUUUUUGGCAACUUUGUCACUUGGAGGCAAGCUAAGCCACCAGCGUAUCAUAGUUGACGAGGUCAGAGAUGAAAUUUUUGGAGUAAUGAAUCGAGCAAAAGCCAUCGCAAAUACUGAUAUGGACAAGUUGCACGAGAAGCAAAGCAUGUUGAAUAACUUGAAUAUGUACUUGGUUGUGAUGGGCUUGGUGGCAAAUGAGAAUGAAAUUCUGGAAUUGCAAAGUUAA